GGUGCUCCGGUGUAGAUGUUUCUUAGCUGCAGAAAGGUGUAAUAGGACGUUAUGCCAUCUGAAACGUCUUUAAAAGACAAUUCAGAUUGGUAUAGUUGAUUGUCAUUUCAUAUUAUGUAUGUGUUCAGAAAGAAGACUUCGGAAUUAGAAAUGGACAAUCAAACAGCAGAGGAGGUGGCCAGCGAGGCUUCCAUAGAGCGAAAUGGCAUCAACAUGUCCGAAUUCUCAGAUGAGAUCUUGCUGAACAUUCUGAAACACGUGCCCACCCAUGACCUGGCUCUCAGCGUCAGGAGAGUGUGUAAAAAGUUUGCCACUUUGUGUCUGGACAAGAGCCUCACCAACUACGUGCAGGUUUCCAGGGAUUAUCAAGUAAACGAUGAGACUGUGAAGCAAGUGGUGAAAGAACUGGCUGCAGAAAUCCGCACCCUCAGCCUGAGUGGCUGCUACUGGCUGUCUGGGUCGGUCAUCGACCAGCUGUACAAGUGCAGGAACCUGGUCAAGCUGGACCUGUCGGGCUGCCGCCUGACCUCGCUGCGCCUCUCCAAGAUCCUGUCCUCUCUGCGGGACCUGCGCUCCUUGGCCAUCGACAUCAACCACGGCUUCGACUCCAACCAGCUGAGCAGCGAGAGCAAGGCCACCCUGAGCCGCGUCACGGAGCUCAAGCAGACUCUCUUCACGCCCUCCUACGGGGUGGUGCCCUGCUGCACCAAUCUGGAGAGGCUGCUCUUGUACUUUGAAAUUCACGACUUCACCAGGGAAGGGACCACGGUGCCCUGCCAGCUGAUGGUCGGGCAGAGCAGCGUCCCUCAUUACCAGAACCUCCACGUGUUUUACGCCAGGCACGCCCCUGGCUAUGUCAAUCAGACAAUCCUGAGCCUUUACCUAGCUGUGUUCAGCGUGCGUGUGCCAGACCACCUCAGGACUUUCGUCAUCUCGAUUCCGGGGAAUUUUCCAGAGAGCGGGCCAGCUGCUAAGAACCUCAUGGAUGGCAUGGCCAAAAACGGUGCUGUGGAGGCCUUGCAGCUUCCCAAAACCUGGUUGGACAGCUCCUCCCUUUUGCACAUCCUAAAGCUCAGCACCCCUCGUUACUUGAAUUUCAGCCGCUGUGCAGUGUUUGGGAGCCACCUUAUCCACUGUGUGCUGAACGAUGGCAAAGACCUCAAGCACCUAGUAAGCCUGAACCUCAGUGGCUGUGUCCACAGCCUGGCCACAGAGUGCACGCGGAAAGCCGAAGAUGAUAUAGACUGCCAGGUUCUGGAGACUCUUGUCAGGACUUGCCCCUACAUCAGGCAUCUUAACCUGUCCGCAGCGCACCACCACAGCCCCGCAGGCACAGAAAAGCACCUGUGCACGGUCCUAGCUAAGCUCAAAAGCCUGCGCUCUUUGGCGCUGCCCGUGUGUGCUGUCGCCGAUGAAGGGAAGGGCUCGGAGCAGUCGUCGAGCAAUAACCUGCUACCGGCUUCGAACUCGGUGAUGUUGGGCAUCAAAAAGAGCGUCCGCAUUGGGGUCCCAGCCUACAAUCCCAAAGCCGGCAGCGAAACAGCUCACUCCAGCUUUAAAGUCCUGGUAGAGGGCAACCCUUUCUUAGAAGAGCUGGAACUGAUCGGCUCCAACUUCUCCUCAGCCAUGCCCCGCAAUGAGCCCGCCAUCCGCAAAGAGCAGGCGCCAUGCUCCCGGGCACGGCACAUCGGGGAUGAGGAGGUGGCCGGGCUGGGGAAACUGAGGUUCCUGAGGCGCUUGACUUUGGCACAGCUGCCCGGGAUUCUCAAUGGGGCUGGGCUAUUGCAGGUUGCCAUGAGCUGCCGGGACUUGCAGGUGCUCUCGCUGGCCAACCUGGGCAUGCUCAAGAAAAUCACCUACAUGCCAGCUCUUAUGGAAGCGUUGGUUCACUGUAAGCAGCUGCAGGACCUCAGGCACAGUGCAGUUAUAUAUGUGAAGGGAGAAAAAAACAAAAAGCCCAGCAGUCUGACUUCGUAAAACUAAGAAUGCAACUAAAUUCAGCUUUCAAAGCUGAAUUGAAAAGAUCUUCCAAGUGUUUAAGUGAGAUUUAAGAUGUCCCUUAUGGAUAUGGGGAAUAAGCUCCACAGAAGAGGUGCUUCUGCUCUGGAAGAAGAUUCUGUCGCUCAUCGAGUCAGCAGAUCCCAGGUUUAUUUCACUGUAUCCUUGUUCAUCCCAAAGAUAACCUGGACUAGUCAGUGUCUUGUACAUGAGCAGGAAAACAUUGAAGUACUAAGGUAGCCAGUUUUUUUUUAAAAUAAGAAAUGAACUACAUCAUUCUACGUAGUAUCUUGGGAGGUAUUCCAGUAUGUUAGCCUAAUCUUAAUGACAUAUAGUCAUGUAUCAAUACUUAAGCAAUACACAGGCAGAGGAAGGAUCUUAACUCAGCUGUGAUAAUGCAGGUGGAAGAAGGAUAAAUAUGGGAUGUUCUUGAUAUUUGCUUCAAAUGACACCACAAGGUCAAAGUAAUACUAACAUUUGUGACUUUUUUAAGUGUUUGAUUUCAGCACUCUGAACAACAACACUCAACUCGCCAAAUACAACUUCAAAGUUGAUUAAUUUAACGUAUUUUUGCAAAAGGCUUAAACAUAGCAUAGCACUAUAAUACGCUGAAAUAAAGGAGUGAUUUCGGGGUCAGCAAUAUUUUAUCCUAAUUUCGUUUAAUGAAGCAAAAGAAAUUAGGAAUUGUUAUGUGAAACAACAAGGUUUGAUAACUUUUUCAAAAACUCAGAUGUUUUUAAAUUUGUGCAUCGUGAAUGAAUACCACACAAAACUGAAAGGAUUGUUAUUCUCGUAUUAUGAAACAUGCAGAUUGUUAGCAUCUUGGAAGAAUGCAGGUCUGAAGGCCAGAGUCUGCCCUUUUCUGGCAUCUGGAUUUGAGAUAUGCUGCUUGUUUAGCAUUGUGAACCAGAUUAAGAUAAUCAGGGAGUCUGUUUGUAUUUCUGAGGAAUACAAAAUCUCUAUAGCUCACGUUAAAUGUUCAGUUUAGCAACUUGAGUAAAAUAUAGUCGAGAAGAACUUCUUCAUUUUUUGUUUUGUGUUAUAUAUAGGUGGCACAGUGACGCAGAGGUAGCAGUCCUGGGUUCAAUUCCAGAUCUUUGGCUGCUAUCUGAGUGGAGUUUGUAUGUUUUCCCCAUGUUUGCAUGUGUUGCCUCAGACAGCCCAAAGACAUACUGGUUGGAUAAUUGACUUAUGGGAAAAUAGGUAGAUGGACAGACGUUAUAGAAAAUCUGCCUGGCCAAAAAACAUCUUUCUACUGUACAUACUGAAAUAUGAGAAUCCUACCUUAUUAAAAUUGCCAUCAGGUUGAAUAAGGUUUUAAAUUGUGGUCUUGGAAUUAGUAUUUGCAGUUAGAAUUGGUCAUUCAGAUUUGUUUUGUUACUUGACAAGAGGGAUGUUGAAUCCACUCUUGAAAUUUAAAUAAAUUGGUAUAUUCAAUAAACAACAGGAGAAAAAGCAUUCCCCUUUGUUCAGGGAUGGAAACUAUUUCAAACCAUUGUACCUUAAGCGAGAUGCAUGUUUUGAAACAUCUUCCCCUGGAAAUAUUGUUAAAUUUGAACACAAGUGAGCACCAGUCACUGUCUUGUAACAAUAUUUGACAUCUUUGCUCCACUGACCUGUAGCCAGGGGAUUUCAGAAAGCGUGGCAUGAUUUAAAGUUGCCAGCAGAGGGCACAGCUUCCCUGUUCUGAAGCAGCAAAGAACUUUUUAAUGGUUUAACUCUCAGUUUUAGAGUUAUUAACAUUGACCAGUAAAAUUAGUCAUUUCCUAUGUGCAGUGUGGCUUUCCAAACACACUACAGUACUGGUUCAAGUCAGCUUAACUCCGUCAUUUUAAUAGAUUAAAAUGUGGGAAUUGUGAUAGGUUUUUGGAGGGAAAGAGGCAGGAGAUUUAUAUCCUUUCAGAUUUCAAAUUGCCUGUUUUUGAGACCGUUCUGAAACUUAUUUAAUGGGAAAACAUCUGUUUUGAAAAAGGUGGGGUUUCUGUUGCAUAACAUGAUCAAUUAGGCUUAGUGUGUUCUGCUGUACUAGGGAAAAGUGACAACUACAAACCACAUGCUCAUUGUAGAGAAUUGAGGGCUGAUUAAUGUUCAUUCCCAUAAUUCACUUGCUCUUAAAACACACCACACUUAUGAAUCACACUUCAGUUUUUUUUACCUUAAACAUCAUUCUGUGUUUGUCUUUCUGUGUGCUGUGCUUAGUGAUGUCUUAAGGCUUACAAUUAUGGAUUUGUCCCUUCUACAAUACACAGUAACUAUGCAUAGUCACCAAUGUAGUUCAAGUAGGUAGCUGUGUCAGCAUGGGUAGGCUGCAAAGGAACAAGGUGACAUCCGAAGAAGGCUCCACAUCUGAAACGUUGUGUUUCUUUUCUUCUCUUUUCUGCAUGGAUGUUACCAGUGUGCUUAUCUUUGUGAUGAACCAUUAUACCAUUCCUCCAGGUGAAAGAAAAUCAGAAUGAAAACGUUUUAGACAGAAUUUCUUUACCUUUUAUUUUGUAUAGCUAAUCAAGAGUUAAUUGUUUUGGCAACCCAAUAGGAUGCCUAUGUAUUUGCCUUUGUCAUUUGUAACAAGCGAUGGUUCAAAGCUUCUAAAGCUUUGGGGGAAAUUCCUGUGGUAUUUUUUCAUUCGUUUUUUUUUUUAUCCCAAAAUUCCAUGGUCAAGGAUGAUCUCAUUAUCCUUUUUUCUCGCUUGCUCCCUGAUGCCGGGGCCGAACCCUGGCUCCGCGCUCCCUUGCUCGCUCUG